AUGACAGACAGCAUGUCCACUAAUUUGACAUGUUUGAGAAAACGCUAUAAAAGCGGAAGAUUUCGCCCCAAAAUAAAGUCUGCUCCAAUUCCUACAUCUGAAGCAAUUGAAAGAAAAACAUUAGAGGACUCCAGGAUGGAUCAUGAUUAUUCAAAACCCCCAAAUCAUGGUAAAAAUAUUAUGAGUACCAGCAUUGACGAGGGUUGGUCGGAAUAUGAUGAAGAGGACGAGGAUGAAUUAGAUACAUCCGAUGAAGAUUACAGAGGCAACGAUAGAAACGACGAUCCGCCCGACGAAACUAAUGAGGAAGACACUUUGCACCCAGAUGUUUCAAAGAAUUUACUUGACUGGCAUGAGGGUCGUCGAGUGGUUGAGCUUGGUGUGCUAGCAGCACAGCUACAGAAAGGAUGCAAGAAAUGUGGGACUGUAUUACAUCUGUGUGAUUGUUUUCAAGAGAGGCAUUAUGGCCUUGGAAGUAUUUUGUACAUAAAGUGUACUAUAUGCAGUUUUAUUUCAAACAUCCCCACUGGAAAGCGGCAUGAAAAAAACAUUUGGGAUGUGAACACUAAGCUUGGUGUAUUACCAGCAGUGGAAUAG